UCACUGUUUCCACGGAGGUGUAAGUGUAGAUGCCUGCCUGAACAGAGCGCUAAAAUGUUCGUUCUUUCCUGUACUCCGUUGUCAACUUUCCAGUACACUUUGGGGUUUCCUCUUCCAAAGUUAACAGGAGUCUAAUCCAUGUUAUCGAUCAACAAAAACUUCCUGAAGAUCUUAAUGGCUUUAUGAGAACUUUACUUUUAGAAAAUAUUCUAUUGACCUUAACUUAUUCAGUGAGAAAGUAUAUUUACGUAUUUGUAUGAGUGAUCGAAAAACUAUGAAUUUUGAAAGUCUUGGUCAGAAUAAGAUUUUUCACCCUAACGUCACAUUAAAUUAAAAAAAAGAGCUUUUACUGGGAUCUCAUUGUUUACGCCAACACUGACAACAGUUCUUUUGCACAUGGCGUUCGUAGGAUAAGUGUUACAUUGCAACAACUUGAACUCAAGUUAAAGAAGUGCUUACAUGUAUUAUUAUCAAUAUUAUGAAUUUAUAGAUUUUUGAAAAAAAAAGUAGUUCCAAGAAUGCGUAAAAAUGACGUGAAGAAAUGGACCAGUGCCGACUGUAAUCUUAGAGUUAUGCGAUAAAUAUGUCGCUCACUAAGAGUAACAGUAAGCCUAAGAGCUCCAAGCUUACUGAAAACAAUUCGAUGCUUUGUGCUAUAGAGUUUGAAAGGAGUUAUCCAAAACUUAACGUUAGUGAUUAAGCUUAGCCUUAUGUCAAAUAUGUAGGCAUAGUUAUAGAUGCAUCCAUCAGUAACACCAACACUGGCAACAGGAAAACAGUUUUUGAAGAUAUAUGUGAUAAUGUAUUGUGUUUAGUCCUCUUGGCAACCGAUAAGAAAUGAGCAACGUAAAGGCUUUAUCUGCAGGUCAUAUUGGCAAUUCUAUUUAUGUUGAAAUGAGACCUACUCAUGAAGGAAAUGCAUCUUACAAACGACAAACAGGGCCAUUGAGUCCUCCAGUGGCAUUUACUCCUGGUUACUCAUUUCCUCAAAAUCCCACCCGUUACUCCUAUCCACGUACAGCAGCACCUCGUACUCCAGUAUCUUUGUAUUCGCAGCUCUACAGGGAUGCUUCUUAUCAUGCUGAAAGUCCUGUAGAACAUCAUAUCCAAGGUCAAGUUCAGCACCAAGGGAGAUGUUGUCCAACUCUUCUUCCUACUUCAGACAUCAGCAUAUACAAUGAACAACUAGACAGAGAAAGGUUUCAUGAAGCCUACAGGUAUUCCGAAGAAUGUAAUUUGAAUAUGCCGGCAGCUACCGGAGUUCCUUCAGCAGCUCUCGUUCAGCCAGUCCAAAAUCAUGUGGCGCCCUCAGUGGCAGGUCCAGUAAACAGCAUUUCGGCCGGAAUGAACAUGUGUCAGGUGACAAAACGGCCGCGAUUGGCCGUGGAACAGAAAACACCGUUCUACCAGCCUCUACUUAUUAAUACAAGAGAUUCGAGUGGGAUCGGAAAGGAAUCUGUUUAUACACCUCAAGUUGAGGCAAUAUCUCCUACAUUACCAUAUGAAGACUCACAACUAAAUCAACCACCUCAGAGGACAUCUAAAGACGAGUUGUUGCAGGUCAUCAAUAGGUUAGAUCGAGAAAUAGCACAAAUGCAGUCACAAACAACAAAUCUCAAGAAAAAGCAGCAAGAACUGGAGAUGGAAGCUAGUAAACCACCAGAUUCAAAGCCACAUGUCCAGGAAACGUCAUGUUCCGAACCAAAACAACUUAGUUUAGCUCAGUUGAUAUACUCUGAUAACAGGAAAAAAGCCCAACAAGCACAUGGGAUUCUAGAGAAAUUAGGCCUGAAAUUAGAAUUGCCAAUAUAUAACCAGCCAUCAGACCCUGUUGUUUUCCAUGAAAACAAGAAACAUUUUUUAAGUUUUAAGAAGAGGCUAAUUGUUCACUUAACACAGAAGCAACAAGAACGGAAGCAGUGGGAGACUUAUCUCACUAAAACCUACAGCUGGCUAAUGCAAGCCUGGCAGAAAAGGAUGGAAAAAAAAGAUAAUAAUACCAAUAAACGGCUGAAAGAUAUCAAGGUACGGGAAUAUUUUGAAAAACAAUAUCCAGAGCUUAGAAAGCAACGAGAAGAAAGAGAACGAUUGUCAAGAGUGGGACAGAGAGUUCGGAGUGAUGCAGAAAUGGAAGAAAUCAUGGAUGGAUUACAAGAACAAGAGUUGGAAGACAAAAAGAUGAGGAGUUAUGCUGUUAUUCCACCCAUCUUGUUUGACCAUCGACAAAAAAAUAUUCAAUAUAUUAAUAAAAAUGGACUUGUUGAAGACCCUAUGGCAGAAUACAAAGAAAGGCAAAUGCUAAAUAUUUGGACAGAUCAAGAAAAAGAAGUUUUUAGAGAAAAGUUCCUUCAGCAUCCAAAGAAUUUUAUUAUAAUUGCAUCACAUUUGGAGAGAAAGAGUGUAGCUGACUGUGUUCAGUAUUAUUAUCUAACCAAGAAGAGUGAAAAUUACAAGCAGCUUCUGAGGAAGACAACGGUUAGAAAACGAAGUCGAACCCUUGUAAGACCUCCAACUCAGUCUGACACUCAGAGCCAAGGGAGUUCACAGUCAGCCAUGAUGCCAGCUUCUUUAGAUCUAAUGGUAACAAUCCCUAUAAGUUGCUGUCAUACAACUAUUACCACGAUGACUGUGUCUCUGACUACAGCAACAACUUCAUCAUCCACAAGCAGAUCUUAUUUGGAAAGUAAUUUCAGGCCCACCAGAAAUAACUAUUUUGACCCAAGAACAGAGAGUGAUGGUAAAUCUAGCUCAAAUAGUGAAAACAAAGACCUCAAAACCGACAAGACAAAACCAUGUGAAGAUGGUAGUGUUCAUGUCUGUGUAGUAUGUAAAGCCCAAGUGGAAAAUCCUUCUCAGUUUCGCCCUCUUACUAAAUCCAACUGUGAUACAUUUGGUGUAAAGGAGUCAGAUCUGACUCCUGACAUGCGUGUUUGUGCAUCAUGUCGAUUCAAAACUGUGCAGAAAAGGUGUCCUAUUCCAUCGUGUAGAACUCCCAAACGAAAAGUUAAACGUUUACGGCUAUUGCCAGGAAAAUGGCUUGAGCUACCGUGGGGGCUUAAAAGGUCCAUCAUGGAAGAACUGUCUCUCCCACUUGAAAUAACCAAAUGUUGCACUGCUUGUCACAACCGUAUAGUUAGAAAACUGGGAAGUACCCCUAAUUCUGAAGGAACAGAGUCAUCAAGGUGGACCGAAGAAGAGAUAGAGGUUGCAAAAAGAGGCUUGAGAGAACUAGGAACCAACUGGGUAGCCAUUGGGGACAUGGUGGCCACUAAAACAAAAGAACAGUGCAAAAAUUUCUACUUCAACUACAAGCAUAAAUAUGGUCUGGAGGAAAUAAUUCAAGAGUAUAAGCAGAAUCAUGAAACAAAAGAAGAGGAACAUAAGAAAGAUGGAAAAACUGCCAGCGAUGAGGAUGAAAGUGGAGGGACAACAUCAAGUUGUGAAGAAGAUAAUGGAUGUAGUAGUGACACUGCAAGUGCUCCAAGUCCAACUAAUAAGAAUCCAGAAGAAGGGAAAGACUCUCAUUGUAAGCAGCAGGAGGAAGAAAUGCGAGGGAAAAGUGUGUCUCAAGCUAUUCUUGUUAGCUGUCCAGAUAAUGACAGCAGUGCUACUGUGAGUGCAGAUGAAUGCCACGGUCAAGCAGAUAGUGAUGUUCAAAGAAGUAGGGGAAGAAUGAACAGUUCUUUUGUUGCACAAAACAUUUCCAAUCAUCAGGUCACUUGUUCUAGUAAAUAUGCUCAAUAUUCAGCAGUCAAAACAAGCCAGCUUCCAUCACUUGAGUCACACCACAAUCAAUCCCAUCGAGGAUUUCCAGCAAUGAUGACAACACACAAUACAAUGCAGGUUAGUAGUAGUACCAAAGAAGAGCCAACAUGUGUCAGAGACUUGAUUGAUAAGGCUAUCAAAAUAAGUCUUCAAGGCCCAGGCAAGAACCAGUAUAAGGAUUCCACUAUGUUUCAACUUCCAAUUAAAGAAGGGCAGGAGAUGGAGGCAGGACAAGACUCAAGUGAAGUUUGCAUCAUUGGUCAAGUACCAGCUGCCCAUGAGUCAUCACGUUUAAGCUGUGAUGUUCGAUCAUUUCCCCUACCUCGUGCUGAAGGGCUGGCAAUAAAGGCUCAACAUUUGGUGUGUGAACCUAGUCAAGACCUUGAAUGUGAAGUACAAGACCUUAGCAAGAAGGAAAAACCAAGUCCAAUACCAGCUCUCAUUAGGGAGAAUAGGGAGAGAAUCACACCUCUACCCCAUCCAUCAUCUGGAUUAUCUCCAUUUUCACAGCAGGUACCUCUCCUGCAUUAUAGUGCUCCUCCUCCAGCCCAUUCCAAGCAGUAUAAUUGUGCUCUAGAUCUCCCACUUCAAAGAGACCUCUACCCUAGUCGAAUUGGAGAACUUGGCUCUAAAAUGACUUAUCCCUUAACAGAUCUUUUGCAUUCUCAGCCCCCACAUCUUGUUCCACAGCAACCAGUUCACAAUAAUCAGUCGAGUACCACAUCUUCUUGGUCUUUUCCAAAACACAUUUCUAGCAAAUCUCCAGUUCCUCCACCACCACCACCACUAAUUAACAACAUGAAAUUGGCUUAUAAAGACAGAACUAGUCAUUGUGGAUCAAUUAUUCUUGGUACUCCUCUGAAUCAACACCCUUCAGUCUCCCCAGUAAGCAUCUCAUCUCAUUAUGAAGGCCUAAAGCAGUUCACUCCUCCUAACAUCAAAGAUGGAGGAUCAAUUACAUUGGGUACUCCAGUACUUCCUGGGAAAAAGGCUGCAGCCUCAACAUCACAACCAGAACUUCAUCCUUCUGCCCCUGUAUCAUGUGAAGAUGGGAACACUAGAUCUGUACCAUCUUCAAGCUCAGUAAUGCCAGUGAUGUACAAUCCAGCUGUUGAACAGUAUUACCAAAGAGUGUCUUCCUCAGGGCCCUAUCCAUACCCAGGGUAUUCUGCAUCUACUACCACAUCCACCAAGCAAAAUUUUCCCAGUGAACUUUCAAGUUCCAAGCAAUUAAUGAUUGAUUUCAACACUUCAAAACAAAUGCAAAUGCAAAGAGGAAGUGUAUCUGGUGAUCAAGAAUCCCCACGGGCAAAAGAGACUAGCUCACAACAGGAUCAAGUAGCAAUAAAUGGCUCUGAUCUUCAGAUGCAUCCUGUGCAUUCUAUAAUGCUGUGCCAAUCCUCAGGUCCUCAAGGGCAGGCAUCCCAGUUUUAUCCAGCCAUGAGUGAUGCCCAUUACUCACCUCAGCCCAACACUACCAACAGCCCUGUGUCAGGUCAGUGGCCUCCUUGCGUAUCUCCUGUACAGCCAGCCUCCAGACAAAAUGUUAUUCAUAAUCAGGCCUGGAGAACAGAGGAUAAACCUUCAGUUAUUCAUACCUCCCCACAUGUUUCAGACUUAUGUAGCAAUAGAUCAUGUUCUAUGCUACCUCCCAGUCAUGAGGCUUUUAAUACACUUGUGGAUGCUGCAGCAGCCCAGCCAAGCCUCACCAUUCCUAGAAAUGAAAGAAGAACCCCUUUAGCUAACUCAAAAGUUGUCCAGUUAGAGAUAUUACGGUCUGAUCGUGAGAAAGUCACCAAUUCUACAGAAUUUCAACAGCGCCCAAGGUCUCACCCAGAACCAAUACCUUACAUCCAUAUUCAGCCACCAGGUGAACCAAACAGAUUGGAACAAAUAUCUGGAAAAACUAAUAUGGAUAUAAAGCCAUAUUUCAGGCAAGAAACAUAUGGAUGCAUGAUUGAUUCAAGGCAUAACAUGAAGCAAACUUCUGAGGUUCUGAGACACCAACAGCCUUCUGCUGCUCUUCAUCUUGUCAGAGAACCUUUCACCCAAGAGAAGUUUGAACAAGAGAUGAUGUUACAAAACUUAGUUAAUUGUCAAAACCCUGAAGUAGGCCAGGAUAAAUACCAUUCUGUUCCUAUGAAGAAGAUAAACUUUAAGUCUCACCCUUAUCGCAUAGAUGGUCCUCUGAAUAUCACACGUGUUCCUCUUAAUCAGCCUGACUUAAACAUGGAGGCUGCUAUGAUGUUAUCUCAGUCCUUUCAAAAAGAGAAACCUAAAACUACAGCAUCCACUAGAGGAGUAACUGCUGGGAAUCUAAUUGAUGCCAUCAUCACUCAUCAAAUAAACCAGCCUGCAGAAGGUACUUUAAAAAACCCUGAACCAGAAAGUGUUUUACUUCAGGGUCAAGAGAGUGGUAAAGAUGGAGACUUUACUAGACUUCCUUCCUUAAAAGAGAAGAUUGUAACUAUAGAUGAUGAAUCUGAAAAAAACGUGAAUGGUAGGUCAGAGUUUUGUGUUUCAGAUCAUGGUUCAAUAAGACCUAACAAUGUGAUUGAAAAGACUUUUACCCUUGGUCAACGCAUUGAAGCAAUCAUCUCUAAGAAUUAUAGUCCUGGGCCACCUAAUAAUGUGCAGGUCUCUAAAAGUAACUCCUACGCCGAAGGAAGACUAGCAGGCGUUACUUCUCAAAUGUCUUUCCACAAAAGUUCCCAAGUAGCUUCAUUUAACUCUCAACAUGUUGAUGUUCCUACAGGAAGACCCUUAGAAGGCAUAGCAGCAGCAGCAGCUGCUGCUGAAGGUUUACAUGGAAAUAAUGAUAGGUAUUGUGCUAUAUCAGAAGAUCAAAACUCUUUGACACCAAGUCCUGCAUAUCAGAGUUGGAAGCUGAGAAGAGCUCUUCAGCAAAAUAGAGAAAGAGCACAGCAGUCACCCAGUGGAUUUUCAAGACCUAACAGUUGGAAUCACCCACCUUUAAGGACACCAAAUCGCCCACAUUCCUCUCCUCUUACUCCAUACACUGUGGAACCCAUCUCUCCUCCAACCCAUUUCAAUCCUGAUGAAUUAAACACUUCCAAUCUUCAUUAUGAAUCACCAACUGGAUGGUUCCCUGGUCAAGUGACUGUUAGACAUGAGGGGUUAGUGAUCAGUCCUACUGCAGGUCAGUGUGCACCAGGUCUGUCAACCAUGCACAGUGGCAGUCAACAUCAGCAAAUGGGACUAUCUCCUUUGGACUAUGUGAAGAAUAAAAUAGUGGAGGUGAUGAGGACAGCAGCAGAUGAGACGGGAGAAGCAUCAAAUCAAUUCCAUUCCCAGCAAGACAGACAAGAAAAAAACUUGCCUUUCCCAACUCCAAAGAGCAUAAAAAUACAAGAAAGGUUAGAACGACCCCAAAGCACUGGGAGUGCUAUCCAAUCACGGGAUAGACUAACACCACAACCAGACCUUAGAUAUAGUCCUAUUUUGGUAGGAGGUUCUUCCCAUCUCCUACCACGACCUUCUUCAGUUUCUAGUAAAACACAUUAUAUGACAAUAGAUGGUUUUCGGAGUCCAAAGCGAACAGUGGAUGGCAUUUUUAGUUGUAAUGGGUCUACCAUGAACAUUAGUGGGAUGCGAUCAAAAUCAGCAUCACCUGUUUGCAUAGAUCCAAAGAAGGAAACUGAAAUAAUGAGAAAAAGGCCAAGAACAGAGAGUCACUACCCUCAUGAAAAACAUCCCAACCUUCACCGACAUCUAGCUUUAGACAGUUGUGGGAAUGAUAACAUCAAGUCCAAUAGAGUACGACAUUUGCACAAUGAAACUUCUAUAAACAAAACUUUACCUCUGAAUAAUGCUACAGGUUCUAGAAUAGAGCCAGUGUCUCCACCCUCAGCUCCUCAGACUAUGACACGUUCCAUUGAAGAAACACAUCAUGGCCAGGGUUCUGAGAAUGCUGUCAGUAUGAGAUCCUUAUCAUUGAAAUCUCCUGGUGUUGAUAGUCGCUCUUCUCCCUUCAAUGCUUUACCUUCAAUACCAGAUAGUAACACACGAUACUCAUCAUCUCCUGCAGUUGUUACUGUAUCUUAUCCCAACUAUUCAGGGGUUUCAGCCCAGUAUACAUAUCCAUUCUCAGCUCUUAGUAUCAGUAAAUCCACAUCUUCUUCAAGCAGCAAUUCACCUUCCACUCAAAAUCCUCUACCUAGGGUGUCUUCUGCUCUCUCACCUCUGCCAGAACUACAGGUGGCCCCUCUUUUAUCUUCUCAAUAUGAGCCACUUUCAGAUGAAGACUAAUUUUACACGAAAUUAACGCCAUACCUGCCACGUGUGGGAAACUUACAUUUAUAGGGUUGUGCAGAGUGCUUGGCUAGAAACAAUAGUGUGUUAAUCUGUAUAUGUUUUUGUUGUGCCACAGUUAACACUUCUGGCUACCAAGUACAAAAGAAAAGAUGGUUAAAAUUGUGAUAUCCAAGUUCGAUAUGAAUUUUAGAUAGUUGCAUGGAACAUAUCACUGCCAGUGCAGUUAAAUAAUAUGUAGCUCAAUAAUAGCAAGAUGUGUCGAAUUGAUUGUCACAGAUGUACGCAUUGUGCCUUGGUGUUAGAUGCUAAAAAAACGUAUGCCUGAAAAAAAA